AUGAGUAUUAGCGACUCUAGCGUAGACGACAGAUGGUCCAAGGAUCUUCCUUAUGAAUUAGUAGACAUGAUAGUGAAGCGGCUAUGGCUAUUUGAUUCAAUAUCAUGUACUGCUGUUUGUUCAUCUUGGAGACUAGUUUGGAAACGCAGGUUGGAAACCAGUUUCCCAUUCAUCCUGCAAUCUGUUCCCUAUCAAGACUACUAUAGUUUAUAUAGUCCUGCCGAAGAUAGAGCCACCAACAACCUCAGGUUUCCAAAGGGAGUUGUAGAUCGUGAUGGCAUGGCUCCAUAUUGUUCCGGCUCUUGUAAUUCUUGGUUAAUAAUUGCAGAACAUAGUAGCGAGCAACCACAGACGGCCAGGAACUACUUCUUCAACCCGGUAUCGGGUGCUCGCAUUGCUCUGCCGCCCCACUCGAACCCUUCUUUCUUUGUCAGAGACGAUAGAACUCGUCGGCAUAAGAAAGUUUUUGUCAAGACUGUAGCCUCUUCAGAUCCAACAGAUCCUAACUGCAUUGUAGCGGCACUUACAUUACACGGUCAUAGGUUGGCGUUUUGCAGGCCAAAUGAUGCAUCAUGGACUAUGCAAUAUAAACCCGAUACUCCCCUUAAAGGUGGCUUUGGCUUGACUGACCUUCACUUCCAUGAGGGAGAGUUGUAUGCGACGGUGGGGAGGAAGAUCGACGCUAUACUUAUGUUUGAUCCCAUAGAGGUUCUUUCUCAAUCUCAUUCUGGUAGUGACGAGGCUGAUGCUUUCAAGGGCAAGUUGUUAGGUGUUAGCCCUCUUCAAGAGCACUUGAUAUACAUGCAUAAUCCAUCUUUUUCUUUGAUCACUUCCUCCAAUGGCGAGCUGCUACUAGUUUUGAAGGAUGAGAGAAAAUGGGAAAACGAUAGAGAAGUUUUACUAUUGGUGUUAAGGUGUAAGGUGGAUAAAACUAUUCGCAUUAUAAGUGAUAAAGGUUGGUUAAAGUAUGAAAAGAUGAAUAACAUUGGAGAGCAAGCGAUAUUUAUAGGUGACAUAGGAGCCAGGACCUUGAUUGCUAUGGCAAAACCAACCAACUCAAUGCCGGUGAUAGACAAGCUUGGUGGACAUGGAAGUGGAAACUGCAUCUACUUUACCAAUGAAAAGGAUGAUAGAAUUGGUGUUUAUAACUUGGCUGAUGAGACACUGAAAUAUCAGCUCACUGGAGGUCUUCAACAAAAACGUAGCAAGGUCUGGUUUACACCAAAGCUAUCAUGA